GAGCAAUUUCCAAACUCGCUUACACCAUCUCUCUCUACCCCGGAUUCCUUCCUCCGAUCAUCCAAUCACAAUUUACAGCAUAGAUCGAUGAGCAAGAGGAAGAUUCCGAGCAGCAACCCCACCAAAACCCAUUUCCCGGCGUCCUCUGUUUCUGCUCCAGAUCUCAAUCUAGACAUCCUCCUCCACCCCAAUACGAUGUCGUGCCUCGCCGCGGCGGCGAAGAAGCUCCGAUCAUCAUCCGAAUCGCCUACACAAUUGACGAUGAUGGAUGCUCGAUUCCCAGAUCGCGAUUUCCCCGACGUCGACGGCAACGAUUCAGAUUCCUCCUCCGACAUAAUCAACACCGAGAUAGAACCCUUUCCCCGCUCUCUCAACAACAUCCCCGCUACUUCCUCUGCAUUCGCCUUCGACAUUUUGAGGAAGGAGGGUAAUAUCCCGACCACCCACCAGCUCUUCACGGAGAGGGCGGGGCCGGAGCUCAACCCGCCGGCGACAGCGCCGGGUCAGUGAGGAAAGCACAGAAUCCGUCGAGGACGUUGGAGUAGGAGUAGAUUAGCUUGGAGGUAGGGGAUUCUGACUGCGAAAUCGACGACAAAGAGGCUAGGUGCCAGUGGUGUGGAGAUUGGAAGGCUUUUGGCAUGACAUUGGAGUCCAUUAGAACAAUAUGCUGCUGCUCGGUUUGGACUAAUGUGAGAAGAAAGGUGGCGAAAUAGGUAAGUUUUAUUUUUAUUUUCUAAUAGUUGUAAAAUGAGGUGGAAAUUGUAAAUAUUUAAAUUUUAUUAUUUUUUUAUUGGCCACGUCACUCAUUUAACGGUCAACUAUAAUAGUUGACUGCCACAUCAGCAAAAACUAACUGAGACUGACGGAGAUGACCAAACUUGAACUAUUGAACUAAUCUUAGUGACCAUGAAUGGAAUUAAAUAUUUGCAGUGACCAAACAUGAAUGGUUUUAGUAAACCCAAUGACCAUCCUUGCAAUUAACCCUAUUUAUAUGUUAGUUUUUUUCAUUUUUGCGUAGGGAAGGUUUAUGCUAGGGAAUUGAGAAAAAGUGGCCAAAAGUUCAAAUAGUUGCGAUUUGUUAGUUUUUUCAUUUUUGCGUAGGGAAGGGUUUAUGCUAGGGAAUUGUGAAAAAGUGGCCAAAAGUUCAAAUAGUUACGAUCCGAUCCCACGUCCUCAACUCUAAAAGCUAAGUCUGCUUACCGUCAGACUACAAUAACAUCUUAUUAUUAUGUAUGGCCAAUUCUUACUCAAAUAUUUUACUAAAUAUACUUAAGAUCCCAGGGGCCGGAUAUAAGGUAGCUCCGCCCCUCGUGGAUUGUAAUGGCGGAGAUGAAUGAUUGCCGCCAAUACUUUUGUGGUUGGUGAGGAAAGAAUCCACUUCCAAGAAAAGGUAGUUCCGAGCGCUUUUCUUUUGGUCCGACGGCUUUGGUUGGAUUUUGUUGUUGUUGCUGCUUGUAGUUGGUGGAGGAAGAGCUGAUUUUCCCCCUUUUAGAAAUCAAACCAAAGAAGUACCAGAAUCUGUGCCCACGGUGGGGCCAAAUUGUUUGCACUAGGAAAUUACCAAGGCUAACAUAGUAAUUAUGGGGCUCCGAUCUGGACUCCCUCGUUCGAUCUCCUCGGGAGUGGAAGAACCUGUGAGGGGGAGGGGGGGGGGGGGGGCGAGAUCUACACUAUUACGCCCAAGUUAGUACUAUAUAGAGAAGGUGUAUAGUGUUUAGAGAGAGAGUAGAGAGAGAGACAUUUAGAGAAAGUGAGGAAGGAGAGGAGAUGAUCCUCUUCUUAGAGGCCUUUGGCCUUCUUAUAUAGGAACAAUGGGCCUCCUUGAGGGGGCUUGUGUCCAAGACGCCUUGUGGUGGGCUUGGUCCCAUUAAUAGUCGUUUGUUGUAUUAGGCGAGUUAAUACCACACCCAACAUGUAUGGUAUUUUGUGGUUAAAUCAUUGUUCAACAUUUUCAUACUCAUAAAAUCAACCAUACCGGAGGUUGUAUCGAAAAAAUUAGCGACAGAGUACUUUGUGUUGAAUUCAUUGUACAACCGUUUCAUGGUACAACCGUUUCAUACCACCUCUCAACUCAUAUUUCGGCAAGAAGUUUUUCCCGAACGGAACUCCGCUACGAUUCCACAAACACUAUAAAAUUUUUUAGAACAUAACUCAGGCUAUGAAAGUUAGGAUUGUAAAACCGUAUGUGGAAAAGUUAGUGGUAUGGUAUUUUGUGGUUAAAUCGUGGUUCAACAUUUUCAUACUCAUAAAACCAACCGUACAGGAGGUUAUAUCGAAAAAAAUAACAGUAGAGUACUUUAUUUUGAAAUUGUGAUAUAACCUUUUCAUACGACCAUUCAACUCAUAUUUCGCUAAGAAGUUUUUCCCGAACGGAACAGCGCUACGAUUCCACAAAUACUAUAAAAUCCAAGUGUAAAAAAAUAUGUCAGAAGUGGGAUGGUAUUUUGUGGUUAAAUCGUGGUUCAACAUUUUCAUACUCAUAAAACCAACCAUAUCGGAGGUUAUAUCGAAAAAAUAACGAUAGAGUACUUUAUUUUGAAAUUAUAAUAUAAUCGUUUCAUACGACCAUUCAACUCAUAUUUUGUUAAAAAAAAUUUCCCAAACGGAACACCGCUACUAUUCCACAAAUACUAUAAAGUCCCAAGUGUAAAAAAAAUAUGUCAGAAGUGGGAUUUGAACCCACGCCCUCUUUCGAAGACAAGAACUUGAGUCUGGCGCCUUAGACCACUCGGCCACCCUGACUAUACACAUUUAAUAAUAUAAUUAUUCCGUACUAAUUAAUUUCACGCUAAUUAUUUUGGCCACGACUCUGACGAUUCAAAUACAAACAAAGGCAUAUAUAUCAUUACUAGCUUAUAACCUGGCCCGUUGGCCGGACAUAGCUGAGGUGAAUAAUCUUAAAUUGUUCUGGCAUAUUGUAGGCUAUGGUCCGUGAAGAUUAAUGAUUGUAACAUGUAAAAAAACUGUCCAUAAUAUUGAAUUCAUUUCGCCACAAAUAGUUUAUUGGGAAGAGGUUGUUAAUAAUAUAUUACCAAGAGAGAUAGGUAAAAGGAUGGAGAUUAAUUGGACGAAUUAUAUAACAUACUGGUAAUGGAAGUAUCUAGUAAGUGUGUUUCUAGUGUGUAUGACUUUUUUUACUUUCAGCAAUGUCAUACAAAAUAUCAUAUGUGGUUGUAAUUUCAAUUGCCUCCAAAAUCCAAAAAUGAAAAGCUAGUGGAUUGAGAAAUCAAAUAAUUUUGUAUAAACCGGCAGAGCUAUAGUCCAACACACGUGAAACCAAACUGACACAAAUCAUAAACAUAAGGAUAGUGCCCCCUAGUCCAAACACAUAGGGAAAAUCCAUUCAUCUGCUGCAGAAUAACAACAACACUUGAUAAUAUACUCAUCCAUUGGAGUUUGAAAACAAAAAUGGUCCAUCCCUAGUCUCAUUUUAAUAUACACAGCCACCAUUCAUAUUUAGAACAACCAAAACAUAAAAAGUAGAUCAAACUGUUCUGUCAAUCGUGCAAACCACAAGGAGUCUUUGGAAACUAACAAACUGCAGCAACGUUUGGAAAGCGAUGUAGUGAUGUCGCUGCAGAACAAAGACUGGGUUUACUCAACAAUAUCAACUAUUGAAUCAUGUUUUCUUUUUGACUGAUUGGUAGGUGCUGUCAUAGUCACUCCACCUUCACCAGAAAGAAACUGCGAAGCUGUAUAGUCAACUUGUACCCGCUGCAUUUAACAAAUCAGGAAAAGUUGAAACUAAAGCAGUAGGUAUGUGCAAUACUAUGGAUCUAAUGAUUAUUGAAAUUGAUCUAUUAUAUUGUUUCGAAAAAUCUCAAAGUUGUUCACCCUGGGCAUCCCAACCAUGUUUACAGAUGAAUCCUUAGAAUACGAUGUAUAGAUGUAGACCAGUUGUAGUACAGGACUGCAAGAUAGAAACAAAUUCUAACUAUAAUCACACUUAAACUAGAGAAGAGCUAGAUUUUCAUUCAUUAUAAGAUUAACAGGAAUACACAUACUACAAUAGUUGGGAGCAGGUUCUGCAAAGCACAGGCCUGGCAGUAAAGCAAGCAAUUGCGAAUCCCCAGCUACUGUCAAGAAGUGGAAUAAUGAAGCACAAACCAAAUGAAAGCAAAAGAUGAUGGGGCCAAAUUUCUAGAAUCCAAGAAGUAGCAGAAAACAGAACCACAACUAAUCAUCGACAUAAACAAUCAAACUCAUC